CAGGAUUGUAUCAGUGUGACUUCCUACCGUGGCUCAUUUUCGCCCUACACUUUAUUGUCUGAAGCCGUGGCUUGCUCGCAGUCUGUCGGUACGCCCCAUGACCACCUGGCAUUGCCUUUCUGUAAAACCAGAAGAGCUCCGUCUUGACACGACCCUCAACUGUGGGCAAAGCUUCCGAUGGGUGAACACAGGAGAUAAUCAGUGGACGAGUGUAUUGUCGGGGCGCAUAAUAACGUUGCGUCAGACUGGUAGAUGACGACAUAUUGUAUCGCACACCGGGCGAUAAUGUCGGCGAUGUUGCGGAGUUAUUGAGAGACUAUUUUCAGCUUGAUGUAGAUCUUGGGGAACUGUAUAAACAAUGGCGGACGGAUGCCAACUUUGAGAAAAAGGCGGGACGGUUUAUGGGCAUCCGGAUAUUAAGGCAAGAUCCGGUAGAAAAUUUGUUCACGUUCAUUUGUACCUCAAACAACAACAUUCAGCGAAUCACUACAAUGGUUAGCAAACUAUGUCAACAUUAUGGAACCGAGAUCGGUACUGUUGAUGAGAUAUCGAAGCCCUUCUAUAGCUUUCCGACGGUGGCGCGUCUUGCACAAGAAAAUGUGGAAAACGAGUUGCGGCAGCUUGGUUUCGGCUACCGUGCAAAAUACAUAUCGCAAACGGCGAGGUACAUCAUGGAGCACCAUGACGAAACCUGGUUAAGAGGAUUGAGAAAUUUGCCAUAUGAAGAAUGCAGGGAUGAGUUGUUGAAGCUGGCUGGUGUGGGACCAAAGGUUGCAGACUGUGUCUGUUUAAUGAGCAUGGAUAAGCCAGGAGCGAUACCCGUUGAUACGCAUGUAUGGCAGAUUGCGAAAAGAGACUACAAGUUGUCCGGCCUCGCUUCAAAAACUCUCACGCAAAAGAACUACUUAGCGAUCGGGGAUCGCUUUCGAACGAUCUUUGGGACACACGCUGGAUGGGCGCAUUCAGUGCUAUUUACCGCCGACCUGCGCCAAUUUGAACAUCGAUUGGUAUCAUCUGUAGAGAACAAGUCGAAUAUUGUGCUAGAGGGUAAACGUGAGGAGGCCCCACAGCCGAGGCGCCCAAAAAAGACAGCGGGCGUUACCGUACUUGAUCGGUAUCCCCGUAGAAAACGCCGGAUCCUCGAGGGGGACCAUGAAAAAAAGUAGAUAUUUCUGUAGAUAGUAAAUUCUAAUUACCUUUAUAUUGAUAGUGCGGAGCCGGUGGGUAUUGGCACUAGCACCCGCACCAGGGAUUGAACCGCGCGACAACCGGUUCGGAAAACCUAAUCUAACCAAUCUAC